UUCCUCUUACUGCUUUUUAAAUUAACAUCUUCAUCUUUCUAAGUUACAACCUUUUUAGUUCCAUGGCGUCCCUUCUUUUCCUCUCUAUGCCCACCUUUUCUUUCCAAAUUCCAAACCUUUUUCUCUCUUAACAAUAUAUUGUUUCUGGUUUUUGUUUUUCUCUGUAAGGUGUCCUGAGGCGGAGUUUUGGAUAUCACAGCUUGUUUAUCAAUUUCUGGGUCUGAAACAGAGAUUUCAGAUAACAAGGUAACAGGAUUUUUGAAGUUAUCAGGAAAUGGAAAACGUUUCAGAGCUUUACAGGGAAGAGGAACAGAUGCAAUUGCCACCGGGAUUCCGAUUCCAUCCAACCGAUGAAGAGCUUAUAAGUCAGUAUUUGUACAAGAAAGUUACUGAUACCAGCUUCUCUGCUAGAGCUAUUGGAGAUGUGGAUUUGAACAAGUCUGAGCCUUGGGAAUUGCCAUGGAAAGCGAAAAUGGGAGAGAAAGAGUGGUACUUCUUCUGUGUGAGGGACAGAAAAUACCCAACUGGUUUGAGGACUAACAGGGCUACUGAAGCUGGUUAUUGGAAAGCCACAGGGAAAGAUAAGGAGAUAUAUAGAGGAAAAUCCCUGGUUGGGAUGAAGAAAACACUUGUUUUCUACAAGGGUAGAGCCCCUAAAGGAGAGAAAAGCAACUGGGUCAUGCACGAAUACAGAUUAGAGGGUAAAUUCUCAGUCCACAACCUCCCCAAAACUGCAAAGAAUGAAUGGGUGAUUUGUAGGGUGUUUCAAAAGACUUCUGGUGGGAAGAAAAUCCAUCUCUCUGGGAUAGUGAGAUUGGGUUCUAUUGGGGAUGAAUUGGGUCCUGAUCUUCCACCAUUGAUGGAUUCUUCUCCUUAUAUUGGCAAGACCAGACCUGUUGCUGAGUCAACUUACGUGCCCUGCUUCUCCAAUCCCAUGUAUGCUCAAAGAAACCAAGAAGGGAUGGUUGAUUCCUUCAACAAUUCUCUUUAUGGAUGUUCUUCGAAUCCCUCCGACAUUCUUUCAAGAAUCCCACUUUCAAGUUCCUUCUACUCUGCUCAAACUGCUCCACUUUCGGGAAAUCUACAGUUCCCAGGCUCUGCUACAAUGCCAGACCACUCUGUUCUUAGGGCCUUACUUGGAAAUCAAGGAUCAAACCUGAGGCAGAGUUUCAAAACAGAGAGGGAGAUGCUUAGUGUCUCACAGGAAACAGCUCUGACUACUGACAUGAACACCGAGAUCUCUUCGGUCAUGUCAAAUCUUGAAAUGGGCAGGCAAUCAUUUGAUCAUCAGGAGGCCCCAUCCACCUCAGCUGGGCCAGUAGACCUUGGCAAUUUUUGGGGUUAUUGAAAUCACAAGUAUCAGCAAUAGAAGAAGAACAAGAGAAAGAGCAGCUUAAGUAACUAUUAUUGUUUUGAAUUCAUGGUGUGGAUUUGUGUAUAGAUUUUCUGUAUCCAAAGACAAAUGAAUGAUACUGAAGCAUAUGUCAUAUAUGCACUGUAACAUAUUUUGUGCUC